AUGUCGAGCACACUUGUCCUUCUGGGAGGCGAGAGGCGAGGAAAUUCAGUGCUCAGCAAAACUGCCCGCCAAUGCGAUAAAUUGGGCAUGACACCAAACUUCAGUCGUCCUGUCCCGAACUCGCGUUCCCACUCGCAGGCGUCUGAGGAGAAUCACUCUCCGACUUGCGAGAGAGCAGAUCAAGGCCUUGCUGCCUCGGAACCAGCGACGGGCGUAAGAGAGCGUCGUGCGAGACCUCCACCACCAGUCUUUAAAAACCCUUGGUUGUCAUUGGAGACUGGAGGAGUCACAGCUGAGAUCGAUGCCGUUCUCCACAGCUUCCCGGUGCCACCAUCACCGCGACUCGACAGUGGAUCAUUCAUACUCGGCAGCUUCGACGGUAGAGCGGUCGACCCAACAUCUUCCAGACAGCAAUCGGCGCAGACCACAAGCGAGCACCAAGGGUCACCAACAUGGAGCCCGAUAUACUCAGCCCGAACUUCGACUUCGAGCAAUCACGAGGACUCCUUUUGUCGCCGCCAGUCUGGCGAGAGGCUGAAUUUCUCGCGGCCGUCGCUCCGGUCUUCGACCUUGAGUCACAGCGGCUCGCAUCCAGCGCAGCAAGCUAGAAUGAUGUCUGCGGACCAUGUAGCGAGCGACGUGAAGGAAUCACAACCUCGGUCGAGCUGUUGA